CCGGGGAGGAGGUGGCCACGGCGGCGGCUCCUCAUCUGUCUGGUGUGGCCCGGCCCGGCGCGGGUUCGAGCGGCGCGCUAGGAAGCGGGUGAGGCCGAGCAGCUCUGCCCAAGCCGACCAGGCCGUGUUUGCGCGGCGGGCCGGUCGCGGAGCAAUUCGACGGGCCCCCGCUGAUCUCCGCCCGGCCGAACCAAGUGGGACAAAGCGGGGCCUCCUCCUUCACCUCUGCGACUCCGACCGAGGGAGCUGCCCGAUUCCGCUUGGAAAGAGACCCAACAAAGAGUGGACCAAAGCCAUGUAUUCCUGCCAGCAGACAGUUCCACUAGGAUUUUAAGGACACCAUUUACCUGGCUUCAGUGCUUGAGGCAGAGGCAACUGUGCAUUAUUCCUAUUCCCCCCUGUGGGGAAGGAGAGAGUGUAUUAUCAGAUUAUGGAUCCUAUGACCCGCCCAAGUGGAGAUAUUAUGCGGCGGAAUCCACAGCAAGACUACGAGCUCAUCCAGAGAGUGGGGAGUGGCACCUAUGGAGAUGUCUAUAAGAGAGGACUGAAUGUACCCUGCUUUGGCACAGAUGUCUUCCUGCAGCCAAAGAAGGAAGCAGCUGUCUUCCUGGAUUUAGGGUGACCCUCCUAGUCCUUUUACCCCAUUAUGCUGUCAGGGCGGAAGAGCAGAAUGGGGACUUGUGUGACCCAGAAGAUUAGGAUAAAGCAGAAGAAAGACAAGUGCAGGAAGGCCAGAAAUGUGCACAAUGGCGAGUUGGCUGCAGUUAAAAUUAUCAAACUAGAACAAGGAGAUGAUUUCUCAUUGAUACAGCAAGAAAUCUAUAUGGUUAAAGAAUGCAAACACUGUAACAUAGUAGCAUACUUCGGAAGCUAUCUCAGCCAUGAGAAGCUAUGGAUUUGUAUGGAAUACUGUGGAGGAGGGUCCCUUCAAGACAUUUACCAUGUAACGGGCCCUCUGUCAGAGUUACAGAUUGCAUAUGUUUGCAGAGAGACAUUGCAGGGACUUGCUUAUUUACACAUGAAAGGCAAAAUGCAUCGGGACAUUAAGGGUGCAAAUAUUCUCUUGACUGACCACGGAGACAUCAAGCUAGCUGACUUUGGCGUAGCAGCAAAAAUAACAGCCACCAUCGCAAAGAGGAAGUCAUUUAUUGGCACCCCUUACUGGAUGGCUCCAGAAGUGGCAGCUGUAGAAAAGAACGGCGGCUACAACCAACUCUGUGACAUCUGGGCUGUGGGCAUAACAGCAAUUGAGCUUGGAGAGUUGCAACCACCCAUGUUUGACCUUCAUCCCAUGAGGGCUCUCUUUCUAAUGUCCAAAAGUAACUUUCAACCUCCAAAGCUAAAAGAAAAAACAAAAUGGUCAUCAACAUUCCAUAAUUUUGUCAAAGUAGCACUUACAAAAAAUCCAAAGAAGAGGCCAACUGCUGACAGACUUUUGACACAUAGCUUUGUUGGGCAGCCUGGACUUUCUCGUUCUCUGGCUGUUGAGCUCUUGGACAAAGUGAACAAUCCUGAUAACCACCCCCACUAUACUGAAACGGAUGAUGAUGAUUUUGAGCCACACCCUAUUAUUCGCCACACGAUUCGCUCUACCAACAGAAAUGUCAGAGCCGAAAGGACAGCAUCUGAAAUAAAUUUUGACAAGUUGCAGUUUGAACCACCUUUAAGGAAAGAGACAGAAGCCCGGGAUGAAAUGAGAAUACCAGCCGGAGCACCCUUUGCUUCACAUUGGAGCCCUUUCACUGAUGGCGCAGGUUGUGCCAAGGGACAUCUUACCAAAUUUGGUGAUGGCCAUGAAGAUGCUGAGGAAUCAACAUUGAAAAGAGCCGUACCCCCUCCUCUUCCUCCAAAGCCUCGAUUAGAAGAAAUUUUCAUGGAUAAUGAGAAGUCCCAGACGAUCAAGUAUUGUCCCGAUUUCCAAAAUCAAGCCGCACCAGGUCACCGGAGGCAAAGCAUACCUGUUUGUGGACCUCAGACAGAACCCUCUGUAUUUGGCCUGAGCAGCAGUGUCAGCAGCCCUGGUCUACUCACAGCCAGAUACACCGAUUUAGGCAAUGGGGACACUGUAAAAAAGCAUCUUGAGGAAAACACCGAGGGAUUGGGCCACAUGCCGCAGCUGCCACGGAAAAAGGAGAAGCGGGAAUUCCUGAAGCCAGCGAUCAAUGGCCUUCCACCAACGCCAAAAGUACUGAUGGGAGCAUGUUUUUCAAAAGUGUUUGAUGGUUGCCCUUUGAAGAUCAAUUGUGCCACAUCAUGGAUACACCCGGACACCAAAGAUCAGUAUAUUAUCUUUGGGACUGAAGAGGGGAUUUACACACUGAAUCUCAAUGAGCUGCAUGAAGCUACCAUGGAGCAGUUGUUCCCACGGCGGUGCACAUGGCUGUAUGUUAUCAACAACACUUUAAUGUCACUCUCAGGGAAAACAUUCCAGCUCUACUCCCAUAACCUAAUAGCUUUGUUUGAACAAGCCAAAAAAACAGGAAUAGCUGCUCAUAUUCAGACCCAUCGAUUUCCUGAUAAAAUACUACCAAGAAAAUUUGCCGUAACAACAAAGAUCCCAGAUACAAAAGGAUGCCACAAAUGUUGCAUAUUAAGAAACCCAUAUACAGGUCAUAAAUAUCUCUGUGGAGCUUUGCAGUUGGGAAUUGUUUUGCUUCAGUGGUAUGAACCAAUGCAAAAAUUCAUGUUAAUAAAGCACUUCGAUUUCCCUCUGCCAACCCCACUGAAAGUAUUUGAAUUGCUGGUGAUCCCUGAACAGGAAUACCCUAUGAUAUGUGUUGCAAUCAGCAAAGGGGCUGAAUCAAAUCAGGUUGUACAGUUUGAGACAAUCAACUUGAACUCCGCUUCCUCGUGGUUUACAGAAAUUGGUACAGGUUGUCAACAACUUGAUGCCAUCCACGUCAGUCAGCUGGAAAGAGAUACAGUUCUUGUGUGCAUGGACAGAUUUGUGAAGAUUGUGAAUUUGCAUGGUAAACUAAAGUCAAGCAAGAAGUUGGCAUCAGAACUAAGUUUUGAUUUCUGCAUUGAAUCUGUAGUGUGCCUCCAGGACAGUGUGUUGGCCUUCUGGAAACAUGGGAUGCAAGGCAAAAGUUUUAAGUCUGAUGAAGUUACCCAGGAGAUCUCUGAUGAAACGAGAGUGUUCCGUUUACUGGGCUCUGACAGGGUGGUGGUGCUGGAAAGCAGGCCGACUGAUAAUCCAACAGCACACAGCAAUCUCUACAUUUUGGCAGGCCAUGAGAACAGUUACUAAGCAACCGUGAAUCGACUUGAACUGUGAGCCAGCAAUAUGUUGCCUAAGGAAGCCGCUCUUUAUGGAUCUCCUGUUCAAGGCAUAUUAUGUGGCACCUUUUUUUCUCCUCUUCUUCCUCUGCCUUCACAUUCUCCGAUUGAUGUCUGAACGGACCCUGUUUUUAGGAUCAAGAGCCAAACGUCGCACGUGUCUUGCAGCUGGGAAGCAGCUGUUCUCUUCCUUGCCACUGUGUGGUUCGUUACGUUGUUGGCUUAAUAAAAGCUGUGAGAUCAUCAGUCCCUUCUAUUUGUUAGGCCUACAGAAGCAUGGAUGUUGGAAAAUCUCAAAACGCAGUCAAAAUGAUUUGGGACAGGAUUUCUUCAUGCUCAGGUUCAUGGCUUGGGCUCCUGAUUUCAUCAUCUUCUGACAAUGCCUACUUUUUGGAUAUUGGGAGUUGAAGCCAACAGCAAACUAAGGAAAGGGGGGAUGCCUAUGGGGCAGGACCCAGUGGAAAUGAAUUUCUCCUCUGUGAGGCCUUCAUGGGUUUUCUCUCAUAUGCCACCAAAACAUCCUCAGCAGAGGUUCCCAGGAAGUUGUGUUUGUGUCUUUAUUUUUUAACGCAGCCAUUCUCUAUGGAUUUGUAAAGAAA